AUGGGUGAUGUUCCGGUUCAACCAGCCCGUCCACCCCAGGAUGGACACUGGCGUCACAGGUCCCUGCUGCCCGCUGCCACUCACAAGGAAAGUGGACCCACCAUGGGACCUGCUGCCCCUGUUGGCCACGCUCCAAGGCCCUGCAGAUGUCCUGGUGCCAGUGGAAGUCUCCCAACCCGUGUCCACCUGCUGAGCGGUGCAAUCCUGGGGAUGUGGCUGUGCCUUCUGCUCCUGAUGGCUGUCUGUGUGCCUGCCUCUGCCUCCAGCCCUGGUAUCAAGGGCCGGGUGACCCGGAGUGCUCUAGAGUAUGGCCGGCGCUUUGGGCUGGAUCUGCUUCGCUCGCUGCUGCAGAAGGAGCACGAUCUGAACCUGCAAGGCUCCUACCAGACCCCAUUCCUGGGGAGACUCAACUACACCGUGCCUCAGAUCCACAUCCACGAGCUGCAGAUGAACAACUCCACUGUGGACUUUGCUGAGGAUGUGGGCGUGCAGCUGACAGUGCAUCGUGCCCAGAUCCAGCUCAGUGCCACCUGGAAAGCACAGCUGGGUGCAUGGCGGGACAGCGGCUCACUGCGGCUGCGUAUCGGGGACCUGGCGGUGGCUGUGCUGCUGGGGCUGGGUGCUGAUGAGCAGGGCCAGCCCUCCAUGUGGGCUGCCGGCUGUGACGCCCACGGCACCGACCUGCGCCUGGAGUUCCACCAGGGACAGAGCUGGCUGUACAACCUCCUGGUGCCGCUGCUCCAGAGAACCCUGAGGCAGCAGCUCAACAAGAAGCUCUGUGUCGAGAUCCAGAAGGGCAUUGGCAGGCUGCAGGACAGCCUGAAGAAUGUGCGAGUGUCUGCUCAGCUUGACCCCUUUGCUGCCAUCGACCUCUCCUUGCUGGGACAGCCAGAAAUCACAAAGCAGCAUGGGGACGUUGACCUCAAGGGAGAGUUCUUUGGGGUACACGGGCGGUGGCAGAGCCCUUUCUCAGCACAGCCUGUGGAGCUGCCUGAGCUGGAGGAGCCCAUGCUGCUGGUGGCUGUCACUGAGUUCGUCGCCAACACUGCAGCCUUUGUGUACUUCACAGCUGGAGCUCUGCGCAGGAACAUCACUGCUGAGAUGCUCCCACGGCGCUUCCCCCUGAAGCUGAACACAGAGAGCAUGGGGAACUUCGCCCCACAGCUGCAGCAGCACUUCCCCAGCCGCCCUGUGGAGCUGCACCUCUGGGCCCGCCGGCAGCCCCUGCUCUCCUGCCAUCCCAACGCCCUGCAUGGGGCUCUCUUCGGCUCUGCUGAGGCCUUUGUGGUGCUGCCCAAUGCCACCCGAAUCCCUGCUUUUCUGCUGAACAUUGAUGCCAAUGUGACGGGGAAGCCAACCAUUGCUGGGAACAGGCUGGGGGGCACAGUGGGGCUGAAGAGCCUCAGCGUGGUGCAAGUGAAGUCAUACGUGGGCCCACUGCAGCUCUGCUAUCCCUGCAGAGCGGCUCCGUCCCGGCAUCCCGCUGCCCACCCCACAUGGCAUCACCCUGCUGCACCCACGCCUGUCACUGCACAAGGGCUUCAUGCUCAUCACCACAGACCUGCACUACAAGCCUUGAGACCUGCAUCUGCGUGGGAAGAUGCUGGCACUGUAUGCUGUAUUGCAUCCCCAUCCUACUGGAAUCUCGUGCCUCACAGCCUUGGCUGAGCAGCGGGUCCUAUACCCCAUCGGCUGGGAUUAAAGCUGACACUGCAGCUCAGCCUGGCUGUGUUUGCCUUGUCCCACUACGGAGCCAUCACCACCGUAUUACCGCGUGGUGCUCCGUGGGGACGGCUGCGCUCACUUGUGGGGACGGAUCUUUGUGCCCCCCGGUCCCAUAGGGUUGGGGCGGUGCUCGGGGGGUCCCGCAGCCCUCUCGUGUCGCGGUGCGGUCGCGCAGCUCCCGGUUCGCCCACGCGAGGGAGCCCGUGCCCGUGGCUCCGGGAGCAGCUCAGCCCCGGGCUUACAGCAUCCAUCCGCAGCGCCGUGCCCGGGGGCUCUGCAGAGCCAAGGGAGGAAAUACAUGACGAGGUGGGGUCUCCACGGUUGGGCCCCGCAGCACUCUGCCUCUCUGAGCCCUGCGUUCCCCUUCUUACGGCCCCCAAAGCAACCCCCAGCCCAGCACCUGGCAGGGAGCAUGGCUGGAGGCACCCUGUCCCCAUUGUCCUCGUACUGGGGGCACAGCACGAGGACGGGCACAGGAGCCCGAUCCCAGUGAGGAGAAACGGAAGGGAUGGGCAUGGAUUUGUGCUGGAUGGGGAGCAGGCAGCACCGUGCCCCGGUCCUGCUCAGCACCCCUGGGCACAGCUGUAACCCCCAUCCCAAUGGGGACAGAACCCUCUGCCUCAGCU